AUGCAUUGUUAUUAUUCACCAGAAUCUUUCAAAUAUAAAGGAAAAACUUACAAAACUUGUGCAAAUUGCCUUACCUCUAAAGCUGAAAACCUAAUCUCCAAUAUUGAAAAUAAUGGCAAAAUUUCUUUUGAAAUAUGUGUUGACCUUACUGAUGAUAUUUUUUCAGAAGUAGAGUCCAAUAAUCUUAAGUCAAUAGCCAAAAUAAUUGUAAACAAAGUUGAAGAAGGAGAUGAUUAUGUCUGGUCAACUGAAACGGCAUCACGUAUUUCAGCUCGAUUUAAUAAUAUUGCCAUCUAUUACUUUGUAUGCUCACAAUGCAAUGAAUUAGAACGUGAAUAUAAGCAAUCAAAUCAAAAACGUAUUACUCGAUUUGAAUGUUAUGGUAAAUUGAACCUUCAUAUCGAUGUUCCUGCAAUAGAAGCAAUAUUAAAACUUCGUCAUGAUGUCCUAUAUGAAAAACCUGAAAAUGUCUCAAUGCCAGAAAAAAUUAAACAAGAAAUUCAUAUAAACCUCCAUUUAGAUCCAAUACAAAUUU